AGAGAAUAGUGCAGUACUACCCUAUGCUACAGGACCAAGGCAUGAACAAUACAUGGGUUACCGUGUACACACAGCUAAACAAAAGACUGCAAAAUGUGAGAUCCCCCCAAAAAGCCACUCCAGAUGGGAGACAUUCAAAGAGCUCUGCCAAGAGGCGACGUCUUGAUCAGCCAAGUGACGUAGAAGAAAUGGAUUCAAGUGACUCAACAAUCAUUCUGGAUCUGUCCACAGAUGGGAGGAGCAGCCCAGAGUCAGCCAGUAAAACGAGUGAGUUAGAAGGAAAAAGGAAAGCACAAAACCUACUUGAAGAAGAACCCUCUACCCUGCCAAGUCCUAAUACAAACAAGCCUGCAGAUAUCAACAGUCCAGACACCCACUGUCCAGCAACCUUGGCCAAACACUACAAGACCCUACAAACUUUGUUUAAAAGAAAAAACCCAAACCACCAGGAUGUCUCUCAGCUCCUGGAUUUGGAAUUUUCAGCCAGAAGAGCAUUCAUUGAUUCAAAUACUAUUCGCGAGGAGGACAGACACAAAAAGGUUCUAGAAGCAUACCCUUGUUUCAAGGACAUUGGACAUGUGAUGGAGGAGCUUCAUCGCAUUUUGGAUAAAGAAAAUGCCAACUUCAUCAAUGAACUGAAGGGAAGAUGGCAUGAUUUCUGCCAGAAGGUGCUGUUUUUUGGUGUAUGGAAAAAGACGCUGAAGCCCCCAAUGGGAAUGGAUAAAGCUGAACAGGCUCUUGAGAUCCUGCGUGUACUGCCAUCACUGUUCCCAUCCACCUCUGCUCCUCCAAAGAGGGCACGAGAUGCGAGUGAGGCUCUGGUGCAUGUCCUUGAGGACCAAGAAGACCCUAAUACCUAUCUGAUGAAACGUCCUCUCUCCUGCCCAGUCCUGAUUGUGAGUCUGUCCAACUGCAUCCUAGCGGUAGGAGAUGUGCCAAUAACCACGUUUCCAAAAGACUUGGUUACCGAGGGUGCUUUAUACCUUAUGGCCUACUAUUACACCCUUCACCUUACAUACCCAAAGUGUGUAGCCACUCUGCUUUCCGUCAUACAGACGGAGGUUCUCUUGGACAAAAUCCAUGAGAGAGAUCUCACAUCAUCUUACAAGAAGAGCAUGGCUGAGUGGACUACUUUUAUUGGCCAGUAAAGACAAUAUGGUCAGAUGGACUAUAGGAAAGCACUUCCUCUGUCCUUCCACGGCUACUACAGUCCAUGUUGGUUGUAAUUGAUUUUUGUUUGUAAUUUGGCCAGGUUAGCCCAGUGUUAUAAUUAAGGGUGCACAAUAAUAUUGGCUAAUAUGCCGACAUUUUGUGUUUGGUUUGUGCAGUGCAGAGACUGCCUCGCUUUUAGUUAAUUUUAAGAUUUUUUUUUUUUUUUUUUUUAAUGUUGAGUUUAGACACAAGACUAUUCAGAAAAUAGGCUCUACUGUGAAAGAGUAAAUUGACUAAGCUGAAACUGACUAGUUUGGUAUAAAAGUGAGAAUUGCUUUAUUGGGUAUUGGCUAGUACAACUGUAAAAUAUUAGAUAUAGCUGAAAAAUCAAGUACUGUGCAUCCUUAAUGAUAAUGUUAUGGUAUUGUUUGAAGAAUGUGGUCAAAUGUUCACGUUAAAAGCACUUUGUAAUAAUAAAUGUUACAGGUUGAGGAGUUUUAGCCUAGCAGUGUUUGUCUGUACUUUGCCUGUGCAAUGCAUAUAUGUUACAGGUGUAUUUAGUGUUAGAUUGGGCAGGGAAAAAAGUCACGGCUAAAUGUCUUUCUUUUAUGUAG